AUGGCCAACAACGACGACCCGGGCACAACGACGCCGCGCACCAGCGGCCCGUCGCGCGCCUCGUCGCUCAAGGGCGCGAUGGAGAGCAUCGCCCUCGCCGCGGCCUCCAUCUCGUCCAAGACGACAAACCGUAUCCGGCGCAAGCCUGUGCCGUCUCCACCACCAGACGACGAGGAGGAGGGCGUGGAACAGGACGAGGACCCCUUCGCCAAAGUCGACACUCCACACCAGACUCCGCACCCCCUCACGCGGCGCAACGACGCGUGGGCUGGGUCGGUCGACACAUUCUACGGCGACGAGGAGGUCCUUGCCACCCGUCCCGAGACGCACUCGGCACGCGCAAGCUGGGGCGUGGGGCCGUCGCUUGGCGUGCACUCGUCCGCUAGUAGCACUCGAGCCGACCCAGACGCCAGCAGCGCGAGGCUCGGCACGGACGAGAGCACCCAUGGCCUCCUGCAUGCGAGCAGUCGAGUUGACUCGGACAAGGAGAUUCCGACGAACGCGUCUGCCCCCGAGGCCAUAGUCGACCCCGCCAACCCUCGCCGCUCAAUCUACCCGCCUGCCGGGUUCAACGUGUUCCCUUCUGCGGCAGACACGUACCCGCCACAGCGCCCCGCAUCGCCGCCGUUAACGGAGAGGAGCUCGCCACCACCAGUCCGGGCGAGAUUCAGAUACCUGAUCACACUUGCGCCGCGCCGCCUACAGCUCACUACACUCCUCCCCGCACUGUUCUUCUCGGUCGCUGGCGCGCUCGUCCAGCCGUACAUGACUAUCGUUAUCGGCAACGCGUUUGGCGCACUGGCAAAGUACCCGCCAGGCCCGCCGUUAACGCCGCCGCAGACGCCAGAGCAGAAACAGAAGCUUGUCUCCGACGUCGGCACGGCCUCGAUCAAGCUCCUAGUCACUGGCCUUGUCGCCUGGGUGCUGGAAUACUUUAAGACCUCUGCAUGGUAUCACUUUGGCGAGGGCCUCACGGACCACCUCCGCCGCCUUGUAUUCGACGGCGUGCAGCGCAAACCCAUGGCAUGGUUUGACGUCGGGAUGGGCAUGCAGAACGACGAAGGGGUGAAGGAGGAAGAGGGCGCAAAUGUGGCGGUCGGUAUGGGCGGUCUCAUGGCCAAGUUUACUCGUGAAACGGACGACGUCCGCAUCGCGACUAUCACAGGCAUUCCCAAGACGGUGCAGUCGGUGAUCACCUUCCUCAUGUGUCUCGGGCUGGCGCUGUACAAGAACCCCAAACUUGCGGUUGUCACUCUGUCGGCGGUUCCCCUGCUCAUUGGAAUCAACAUGGUCACACGGACAAUCUGCCAGCCGCUGUACGCUGUCGAGCGGCGGGGAUUCGCGGAGGCAUCGACCGAUGUCGAGCGGAGCACGGCAGCUAUCGCGACCGUCAAAGUGCACAAUGCACAGGCGACCGAGCUGGACCGCUUCCGACGCCCGAUCAACAACGCGCGUGACUCGCUCUUCAAGCAAGGCUUGGUCUGGGGCGCAUGCUUUGGCUCAACCAACGCCCUCAUCUUUACCAUCUUUGUAGCCGGUUUCUGGUACGGCGCCAAGAUCGUGCACGACGGCGAGGCGAGCGUAUCCAACGUCAUGACCGUCUUCUGGGCGUGUCUGAUGGGCACUAGUGCGCUGCAGGGCGGAUUCCUUCCUCUGGGUUUCAUCACCAAGGGCGCAAUGUCGCUUGCUUCGCUGUUGACAGUCAUCCAAGACGACGACAGCCUGCGCACGCCCGGACCAGAGGACGGCAAGGGCAUCAUCCCACCACGCUGCCAGGGUUCGUUCGACCUGCACGAAGUGUUCUUUGCGUAUCCUUCGAGGCCGGAAGACAACGUGCUGUCUGGUGUCACAAUGUUCCUCCCCACUGGCGAGACGACGUUCGUCGUAGGCGGCUCAGGCUCGGGCAAGUCGACGAUUGCACAACUGUUGCUCCGGCUCUACGAGCCAGACUUUGGCGACAUUGUCUUUGACAACAUCGACUUUGACGAGCUCGACAUGACGUUCACGGGCCAGCAAAUCGCCGCCAUCCAGCAGGGAUGCAUUCUCUUCGACUUGUCGGUGCACGACAACGUCGCAAUGGGUAUGGUUGGCUCGGGGCCAAACAAGGAAGGCAAGAUCAGGACACCGGCAGAGGUCACGCGCGACGAGGUGAUCGAGGCGUGCAGGCUCGCCGACAUUCACGACUUUAUCAUGUCCCUUCCGGAGGGAUACGAGACGCGGUUGGGUACCGGUGGUUCGCAACUCAGCGGAGGGCAGCGGCAAAGGCUUGCCAUCGCCCGUGCGAGGAUCCGUAACCCGACGGUCCUGAUUUUGGACGAGGCCACCUCUGCCCUCGACGUCACCUCGCGAGUAAUCGUCUUCGAGGCCAUCAAAGCGUGGCGCAAGAACCAGACCACCAUUGUCAUCACGCACGACCUGUCGCAGAUAGGCCAAGACGACUUUGUGUACGUCAUGAACCAUGGCGUGGUCGCCGAGCAAGGGUUCCGCUUCGACCUCAUGGCCAUGGACGGGCGUAACGGGUCGUCGUUGGGCGUGUUCGCCGCACUGGCAGCCGAGCAGAACGUCGCGCCCGUCCCGCCGAAAGAACACGAGACGUGGCACGACGCGAGCGCGGUGCAGGACGCCAUUGUAACCCGCGGGCCCGAGCACCCAGACUACAUCCCGACCUGGGCGCGCCCGACGAGCAUGAUGGCCGAGCCCGACAUCGACUACUUUAACAACCCACUGGCGUCGUUAGGGGAUGCUGUUGUGACACCUGGCGUUACCCGGCGCCGGUCGGUGGGUGUGCGCCGCCGCUCGCAGCACUUUGGCGAGGAGAAGGAGAAGUCUGCGGAGACACACCGGCGCAGCGUCUCAAUGGAGGACAAGCCCGUGCCUGGCCGCUCGCAGCAGUUUGCCGAGGACAACAUCGCACGCCAGCGGAGCACAUCGAUUGAGAACAAGUCCGAGCCCCAACCCGAACGCCCGUCCACAGCACAGAGUGAUCGCAAAGUAUCGUUCUCGCCGCCUUUUGUUUCGCCGCCCGACCUGACUCUCGCUCAGCACAGGCUUGCUUGGUCGGCACAGGACCUGGGCAACGGGCCGUUCCACCAGCGCGCAACUGUCGGCGCGCUGGUGCCGAAGCGAGCAAGCGGCGAGAGCUACCACUACGUCCUGAAGCGGACCACGAGAGAAAUCCAGGCUUCGGCGGAGCAAGCGCACCUGGACCUGAACCCGGGGUCUGUGGCGGCCGUCGCUGCCCCAGCCGGGAAGCGGCGCGGGCUAUUCGCCACAAUAUGGUGGUACAUCCCAUCCGUGCCAUACAAGCCUGCGCUGUGCUUCGGGCUGCUCGCGGCCGUGCUCGAAGGUGCCCAGACGCCGAUCUGGUCCUUCUUCAUCUCCAAGCUCAUGGCGCUCGUGGGCGCACCCAACGCCGCCGCCGAGCUCCCCAAAACCGGCGGCAUCCUCAUCGGGCUGUCCGUCUCGGGCGGCCUCUUCCUCUUCCUGCAAGCGUACAUCCUGCAGGGCGUCUCGGCGAUGUGGACGGCCAAGAUCCGCGCGGAGGCAUACGAGCGCGUGCUCGCGCAGGACAAGGCGUGGUUUGACGACCCGGCUCAUAGCCCCGCACGCAUGGUGCAGCACCUGAUCAAGGACGUAGACGACAUGCGGCACCUCAUCUCGACCGUGUUGCCGAAGAUUGUCGUGGUCACCAUGAUGAUGGGGCUCGGGCUCGUCUGGGCCAUGGUGGCCGGGUGGCAGCUGACGCUCGUCGGGCUGUCACUCACCCCGCUCUUUGUGGCCAUGUUCGCUGGCACAGAGGGGAUCCUCUCUCGCACCGAGAUCCACAACAAGGUUCGCCGGGAGAACGUCGCGCGCGCAUUCUACGAGAGCGUGGCUAAUAUCCGCGGGAUCCGCUCCAUGGGACUCGAAAGCUCGUUCCGUGACAAGUUCACCGAGCACGCCGAGGACGCGCGCAAGUCGGGGCAGGACGCCGCGUGGCUCAACGGUAUCGGGCUCGGCGUUGCCGUUGCCAUCCCGAUCUUCGCGCAGGCCAUCAUGAACUAUGUCGGCGCGGUGUUCAUCAAGCAGGCCAUCAUGAACUACGCGACCAUGCUGCAGGUGUACACGCUCGUCCUGUUCAGUCUCACCUUUGGUGCGCAGGUCCUCUCCUUCAUUCCCUUCGUGUCCAAGGCCAAGGCUGCCGCGCACGACUUUGGCGGCCUCUUCAUCCUGUCCACCGCCACGCAGGAAAGUACCGGGAUCCAUCCCUUCCCAGCGGGCACCGACAUUGCCUUUGAAGGCGUCGCGUUCCGGUACCCCACUCGGCCUGACGUGUCCGUCUUCUUCGGCCUCUCGCUCUCGAUCAAGGCGGGCGAGUGCGUCGCCAUCGUCGGCCCCUCAGGAUCAGGCAAGACGACAAUCGCGGCGCUCCUCCAGCGCCUGUACGAGCCAUCGAGCGGCACCGUGUCCCUCGGCGGCGUCGACCUGUCAACCAUCAAGGUCGCGUGGCUGCGCGCACACAUCGCCGUCGUAUCGCAGACGGCGUCCCUCUUCGACGCCUCAGUGGCCGACAACAUCGCCUACGGGAGCAAGGACGUGACGCGGGAGGACAUUAUCGCGGCGUGCAAGCAGGCCAACAUUCACGAGUUUAUCCUGUCCCUCCCGCGGGGGUACGACACGAAUCUGGGCGAGAACGCGGCCCUCAUCUCGGGCGGCCAGGCGCAGAGGCUGCAGAUUGCGCGCGCGCUGGUGCGCAAGUCGCGCAUUCUGAUCCUCGACGAGUGUACCUCGGCGCUCGACAUUGAGAACCAGCGUACCGUCCUCGACACGAUUCUGCGCGUGCGUGGCGCCCAGACGACCAUCUUCAUCACGCACUCGCUCGAGGUGAUGAAGCACUGCGACCGCCUCAUUUGUCUCGGGGACGGACUGGUCGCGGAGGAGGGGAGUUACGCCGAGCUCAUUGCGCGUGGUGGCGUGUUUGCAAAGCUUACGCGCACGGGCGAGUGGGAGUAGGGGGGCUGUGGCUUCUGUUACGAGAGAGAUAUGGUGAUAAUGCAACGUGAG